CUUCUAGCUUAUACAUUUUCUUUUGCUUCAUUUCCCGUUAUUGUUGCCACUCAGGUUCAAAUUCAACUUCGAUACCAACAACAAAACACUGAUUACGUUUUAAUUAUUUAUUUUAAAAAUUAUUAUCAACGUCGACGUGUCAAUAUCGGUGUCGUGCUUAUUAUAUAUAGGAAGCAACUGGUAUAGAAUAAGUAACUUUGAAUUCUCUAUUAUGUGAAAAUUAUGAUAUAUAUUCUUUAUUUUCUUUCUUUUGAUGUUUGAUCAAGUGCAAAUUUUUAAGUUUCAGUAAUGUAAAUCAUUAAGUUUCAGUAAUGUGUUCAAACAUGGAUGAAUUCAAAGGACAGACUCGUCUUUCUAAUUUCGUUGUUCCAAAACGUUACGACAUUAAGCUUAAAUCCGACCUCAUCGAAUGUCGUUUCUACGGUUCUGUUGUCUUCAAUCUCGACAUCAUCACCGCUACUCAUUUCAUCGUUCUCAAUGCCGCUGAACUCACCAUCGGUAACGACGCUAUUUCAUUCACUAACUGUCAUUUCUCUAAGGUUUUCAAACCUUCAAAAGUUGAAUUAUUUGAAGAUGAUGAAAUUCUGGUCUUGGAGUUUCCAGAGGGAAUAUCUAUUGGAUUGGGUGUAUUGACUAUUCAGUUUGAUGGAAUAUUGAAUGAUAGAAUGAAAGGUUUUUACCGAAGGUAACUCUUUUUUUUAAGCUUUGCAUUGUUUGAUUUCAAAGUUCCACUAACAAGUUGAAAGCAAAAUGAUUUUCGAGAUUGAUGCUAAAUCAUGCACUUGAUCACUGAAUCGAAUAUACAUAGGGACUGAACUUAACCAGUUGGGAUUUUACUGGUUUUUAAAUUGAUUGUUUGAUAGUCCUAUUAGUUACUAUAUAUCAUAUAUAUCAUAUGGACAUGUUUAUAU